CACAAAGAAGGGCUGCGGAGGAUGCCUUGGCACGAGUGGUGGCCGUAUGACCCUGUGCCGGUCAUUCCGCGGACAGAUCCUUACCUCGUCUGGUGUGAAUCCAAAAAGGUCAGUCACGCACCCCGCCCUUCCUUCACAUCACACAAACAAGUGAAAAGUGCAAGAGGACAGACACAGCCGGCUGCCUCCUUUCUGCUUGUGUGUGUGCUGCGACUCUGUGCUCCGGUCCGUCAGGUGUACUGGUGGUGUGCGUGUGGUCGGAGCCAGAACCAGCCGUGGUGCGAUGGUUCGCACAAGGGCACUGCGUUCAAGCCGGUGGCGGUGAUCCCCAAGUUCAACGGGCCGCUGAUCCUGUGUGGGUGCAAGCACGGCGAGAACCGGCCCCGCUGCAACGGGACGCACCUCUGGGUCAAGGCACAGCGAUACACGCCACAGGCAUGCGCGUGGCUCUUCACCGUCAUGUUCUGCAUGGGCAUGACCACCACGUGGCUGUGGCACCCAUAGACAGACACGCACAGUCACACUGACAGACACCCACACUGACAGACACACAGACGGAGGGUGGAGGGAGGGAGGGUCUGCUGGCUGGGUGCGUGUGUGAGGUUGUGUUUGGUGAGGGAGCUGUUUUGCCCCUCGUGAGUGAGCCAGAGAUCCGUGCAGUGAGAGGCCUUUCAAGCGUCCCUGUGUUGUGGGUGGGUUGGGAGGUGUACUCUAGCAGUGGCUGAGCGACCAGGGGCGAGCCAGAGGGAGAAUGACUUGUCCCUCCACGGCUCCAUGUAUGUGUGUACGGAUGUACGCCUGGCUGGUCUGUGCCGGCCCAUCCGUCUGUCCAUCCGUCUGUCUGUUUGUCUGUCUGUCUGUCUGUGGAAUGGCUGGCUUGCACUGCUUGUUGUGUUUGCCCACGGUCAUCAUUCGGCACAUAAUCUUUCUACCACGCACACACGCGCCAUCGAUUUCGUUUGGCUGUGCCUUGUGCUGUGGAUUUGUGGGAGUCGACCCCCAACAAAUCGCAGGCACUGUGCACAGCGGGAUGCAAUCAGUCGCGGUGUGUCUGCAUCUAGAAAGAAUCGAAGCCGGGGCAGGCAAGGAGGUUUGGUUCAUCCGCGCAAACUCACUGCUGCAAUUUUUUUCCAUGGAUGGAUGGAUGGACGGAUGGAUGGAUGUGGCCAUUCAUACUCAAACAGAUGAAUGAUGGAGAGAAGGACUGGCUGCGUGCCGUGCGGCGGUGGGUUUGUUGUGAGUCUGUAUGCACACUCACUGACUGAUUGGCCGGGCCGAUCUGCUUGUACAUGAAUGGAUCUCUAUGCGACUUCACAACUCUUUUCUUCAAGAGCCAGCCC